AUGCCCCGACGCUGGUGCUAUAAAGCGGAGACCCUCGUCCUCAGCCUGGUGGGCUUCAGCUGCCUCCUCUUCCUCCUCCAGUCGCACAGCCGCAGCCCCCUCCCGGAAGAGGCAGGCACCCCGGAGCCUCCCACGGCGCCCCCCACCCCCACGGCCCCGCAGCCGCUUCCCGAGUGCCGGCAGAACGCCUCCGUGGCCGGACUCCCCGGCUUCGCCGAGCUGCCCAACCACAUCAAGGACUUCCUGGGCUUCCGCCACUGCCGGGCCUUCCCGCUGCUGCUGGACCUGCCCGGGAAGUGCGGCCCCCCCGAGGCCUCCCACCAGGUCUUCCUGCUGCUGGCCGUCAAGUCCUCCCCGGCCAACUACGAGCGCCGCGAGGUCAUCCGCAAGACCUGGGGCCAGGAGCGCACCUUCGCCGGCGUCCACAUCCGGCGCGUCUUCCUCUCCGGCGUGGCAGGCAGCCCCCGGGAGGCGCGCAAGCUCAACCGGCUGCUGCGCCUGGAGCAUGCCGAGCACGGCGACAUCCUGCAGUGGGGCUUCGUGGACUCCUUCUUCAACCUCACCCUCAAGCAGCUGCUCUUCCACGCCUGGCUGGAGAGGCGCUGCCCGGCCGUCCGCUUCGUCUUCAACGGGGACGACGACAUCUUCGCCAACACCGACAACAUGGCCCACUACCUGCUGGGGGUGCCCGGCGCAGGGGACCAGCACCUUUUCGUGGGCCACCUCAUCACCAACGUGGGCCCCAUCCGGGAGAAGUGGAGCAAGUACUACGUGCCGGAGCAGGUCACCUCCGCCAAGUCCUACCCGCCCUACUGCGGGGGCGGGGGGCUGCUGAUGUCCGGCUUCACCUGCCACGCCAUCUACCAGCAGGCGCUGGGCAUCCCGCUCUUCCCCAUCGACGACGUCUACCUGGGCAUGUGCCUGGAGAAGGCGGGGCUGGCCCCCUCCUCCCACGCGGGCAUCCGGAUGGUGGGCGUGAGCGUGCCCUCCGCCAAGCUGGACUCCUUCGACCCCUGCUACUACAAGGAGCUGCUGAUGGUGCACCGCUUCGUGCCCUACGAGAUGCUGCUCAUGUGGGAGGCCAUCCACCAGCCGGACUUGGUCUGCGGGAAGAAGGCGGAGAUUUACCCGAGUUUGUGA